GUGCGACUAUUUUGCGAAGGAGUGAGUUUGUACUCGCGGGCGCGAAGACGACAACGUCCCUCGCAUCGUGCUGACUGCUUUGCGCCGAAUGCCAUUACAGCUCAGAGGCGGUUGCGGGUUGGGUCUAUCGCCGUUUGGGCUCAAGUUUCAGCAGGUGUUUGUCGUUUGCGCCAUGGCGAGCCCUAGAGUUGACCGAUUGGGCUGUAGUGUUAAGACCCGCCGCGGGCAUGUUCGUAGGCAGGGCCGGCUUCUCGCGUUACUCACCUCGGGCUUUUGCCUGGCGGCUGUGUUUUUGGCGCGAUGCUCCGCCUUCGCUGGUGCAGCAGGGCCGUGCCGCGGUGGUUCGCGACGCCAGGCGAACAUUGUCGGCCGAAGACAGGGCUCGGGGCAAGCUGCCUCAUCCUAUCAAGGCGUGAGUUGGCACGAGGCCAGCCACAAGUGGAUGGCCAGCUUAUCAGACCCCGCGAAGGGCGUGGUCAUCGCUCUUGGGAUCUUCGAAGUCCAGACGGACGCGGCCAAGGCCUUCGACCAGGCCAGUCUGGCAAUACUGGGACCUGGAGCCUCCACCAAUUUCCCUGCGAGCAAGUACGAGGCGGCCGACAUCGAGGAGGCCGGGCGGCGCGUCAAGAGCUUUUGGGAGCCGCGGGCGUCUACGAAGUACAAUGGCGUCUACCGGACAAGAGGCAGCACAUUAUGGCACGCCGAGAUCAGUUUGGGUAAACACAGGCAGUUCAUAGACCUCUUCGAGACCGAGGAGGCGGCCGCUCGUGCACACGACGAGGCCGUCCGGGACACGAAGGCUCCAAAGGCGGUGCAGCUGACGAUGCUCAACUUCAAGCAGCCAGACGACUACUUCGACGAGGACACGUGGGAGGACGAGCAAGCCCCACGAGAGGCCUCAUCGGUCUUCAUAGGGGUCGAUUACCAUUCACCCAGCGGAAAUUACCGUGCCAAGAAGGGACUCAGACCUCUGGGGCUCUUCCCGACGGAGAUCGAGGCAGCCCGCGCCUUCGACAAGGCAUCGCUCUCGAAGGGCGGACCGACGAAUUUUAUGCCACCGCCCAGCAUUGCCGAGGAGCGGGCUUGAGGUAGUCGGCGGUGGAGCCAGCAUUUGCGCGUUCCUUCCACUCCAGCUUUCUACAUGUCUCAGCUUUUCCUGUUCCCCCCGCUCGUCCAUCCUGCGCAGACGUUGUCUUCCCCAUCUGCUCGCUCGGUUCCACCAGUUCCCACCACUCUACGGCUAGCCGCUCGCGGCUGGCUUGUCUGUGGGACGUCCCCCGUUGGAAGAGUCGCUUGAAAAGGGUUCGCAUACGGGGCGCAGGAGUAGAAAA